GGGGCCGGGGCACGCGGAGGCGGAGGCGGGCGCCCGUCCGCCGCCAUGGACGACAAGGCGUUCACCAAGGAGCUGGACCAGUGGGUCGAGCAGCUCAACGAGUGCAAGCAGCUCAACGAGAAUCAAGUGCGGACGUUGUGCGAGAAGGCUAAAGAAAUUUUAACAAAAGAAUCAAAUGUUCAAGAAGUUCGUUGUCCUGUUACUGUGUGUGGAGAUGUGCACGGUCAAUUCCAUGAUCUUAUGGAACUCUUUAGAAUUGGUGGAAAAUCACCAGAUACAAACUAUCUAUUCAUGGGCGACUAUGUAGACAGAGGUUAUUAUUCUGUGGAGACUGUGACACUCCUUGUGGCAUUAAAGGUGCGCUACCCGGAACGCAUUACAAUAUUGAGAGGAAACCAUGAAAGUCGACAAAUUACCCAAGUAUAUGGUUUUUAUGAUGAAUGUCUCCGAAAGUAUGGAAAUGCCAAUGUUUGGAAAUACUUUACAGACCUAUUUGAUUAUCUGCCACUUACAGCUUUAGUAGAUGGACAGAUUUUCUGCCUCCAUGGUGGCCUCUCUCCAUCCAUUGAUACACUGGAUCAUAUAAGAGCCCUGGAUCGAUUACAAGAAGUUCCACACGAGGGCCCCAUGUGUGACCUAUUAUGGUCAGACCCAGAUGACCGUGGAGGGUGGGGUAUCUCACCCCGUGGUGCUGGCUACACGUUUGGACAAGACAUUUCUGAAACAUUUAACCAUGCCAACGGUCUCACACUGGUUUCUCGUGCUCACCAACUUGUAAUGGAGGGGUAUAAUUGGUGUCAUGACCGAAACGUGGUCACCAUUUUCAGCGCACCCAACUACUGUUACCGAUGUGGAAACCAAGCUGCUAUCAUGGAACUAGAUGAUACUCUCAAGUACUCCUUCCUUCAGUUUGACCCAGCACCUCGCCGUGGAGAGCCUCAUGUUACCAGACGUACCCCAGACUACUUCCUGUAAAUUCUUCUUGGGAAAGUCUGCCUUUAUAUGUGGAAGUAUAUUGGGCUUUUUAAAAUACAUAUAUUUAAAAAGUAAAACGAAAAAGAAAAAAAGUAACGUGUUCUGUAACAAAUUGGGAUCUAUGUUAGCAUCAGACUACAUCAUGGACCAAAAUGUGCCAUACUAAUGGAUGAGCAUUUAGCACAUCUUGAGACUGAAAUUAGUCCCUGUGUUCUAGAUCAGUCCGUCUUAACAGUUUGCCUGCUGUAUUUGUAAUAACCAUUUUCCUUUGGACUAUUCCAGCAAAAAAGGUAACCAACUCCUCCUACUUCAUCUCCUCUUGAACUCACUUGGAAAUUUUAGUUGAUAGUGUCUAACUAGCAUGGAUUGAUAGAGUUGGGAUUUUAUUUUUAAGGAAAACUCACAAGCUGACUUCCGUUUAAUUCAUUACCCUUUAUUUUAUUGAAAUUAUAAUUAACUGAAGAGAAUAUUCUUCUUGGGAGUAUGUUGUCAUAACAUUUAAAGAGAUUUUCCUUCAUUCUUAACUAAAUUACUGUUUUUUUUUUGAUCUGCCUAUUUCUGUAUAUUUGUCAUGAUAGUGCUUGUUGUAUCCUACUUGGUGUACUGAGCAAAUAAACCUUCCAUUUUAAACAAAAA